AAGUUAUUUAACUCUUGGCAAUUUAUUAAAUGAACUAAUCCACUGAAAUGACGUAAAAAGGUCAAAUCAGUCAACCAUUUUUAAGAACCAGGGGUGACCUCCGCAACAGUCACGUCUCUUAAAAACUUACAGGUUUCGUGACAGCUAAAACAGAAAAACAACUAUUACAAUGGGGGAUGUAGAAAAAGGCAAGAAAAUCUUUGUUCAGAAAUGUGCUCAGUGCCAUACAGUUGAAGCUGGCGGAAAACAUAAAACAGGACCAAACCUCCAUGGGCUAAUAGGCAGAAAAACUGGCCAAUCACCAGGAUUCUCUUACACAGCAGCAAACAAAAGCAAAGGUAUAACAUGGGAUAAAGAUACUCUGUUUGAAUAUCUUGAAAACCCCAAGAAAUAUAUUCCAGGAACAAAGAUGGUGUUUGCAGGUCUGAAAAAGAAGGAAGAACGUCUAGACCUUAUAGCUUACUUAGAGGAAGCUACUAAAUAAAGAUUCAGCUGCCACUUUCAACUAUUGACAAAUAUGUAAUGGACAGAGCAUCCUAUAUAUAUAUAUGUAUAUUUGGUGAUUGAAGUGUGUUUGUUUAGAUGGGGUUUCUUUUGACCAGAGUGUUGACUGUAAUUUAUUGACAUUUAUAAUCCUUGUAUUUGUAUUUUAAGCAAUUUUUAGUAAAAAAAAAAAAAUAAGUAAAUUAGAAAGCUAAGUAUUCUGAUGACAUCAAGACUAUUAUAUCUAGAACAAACAGAUUGUUGCUACUGCAGUAUUAGGCUAUAAAGUAUUGUCAUCCUAUUAGCACAAAUUGUGGAACACAGUAACUUCUUAUAAAAAAUAUAGCUGUUUAAACCUA